UUUCUUGCGCAAGCGUAACUCCAAACUCUGUUCUGUGCUCACGGUCUCCGCGCAGGAAUGUGAUAUUGAAAACUGUUGUGUAACGUACGCCUCCUGUUUCAUCUCUGCUUCGGUUAACAUUGGUUACGAAAUAAUAUUUUGGAGAUACCGGAAAACGGAACAAGGUGUAAGCUGUGGGUAAAGUGACAGAAAGAGCAAGAAUCAUGAUGAAGAUCAGUCCUCAUUCGCUCUUCCUCUUCGGUCCUUAACAGACAGUCUGGAUUCAAAGCUUUGACGUCUAACACAUCACAACGGCCAUAGAAGAGAUAAAAGGGAGGGAGUUGAGCUCUUCCUCUGUACAAACUUCAUCAUCCUCUCCAUCUGCAAUGGAGAUUGCCCUGCGGCAACAGAAAGAGUGAGUGAGAGAGAGAGAGAGAUGCAAGAGAAAAAGGACCCUCAGCCCAAAUCUGCCAGCAGCCUGGGAAAGGCUCAUCCUGCCCUGAAGGCCUUCAUGUGCGGCUCUCUCAGCGGCACCUGCUCCACUCUGCUGUUCCAGCCAUUGGAUCUGGUGAAGACCAGACUGCAGACCCUGCAGAACAACAUGCACCCAGGAGCUCCUAAAGUAGGGAUGAUUACAGUCUUUUUCAACGUGAUUCGUACAGAGAAGCUGCUUGGCCUGUGGAAGGGGGUUUCACCGUCGUUCAUGCGCUGUAUCCCUGGCGUAGGGAUCUACUUCAGCACAUUUUACUCGCUGAAGCAGCACUUCUUCCUGGAUAGGUCUCCAAGUGCUGGGGAGGCGGUGUUUCUAGGGGCUGGGGCUCGUUGUGUGGCAGGCGUCACCAUGCUGCCCAUCACAGUCAUUAAGACUCGUUUUGAGAGCGGGCGGUACAAUUACAUAAGCGUAGCUGGAGCCCUUAAAAGUGUGUGUCAGAAUGAAGGUCCCAGGGCUCUUUACUCCGGGCUCACAGCGACUCUGCUCAGAGACGCCCCGUUCUCUGGCAUCUAUGUCAUGUUUUACAGCCAGGCCAAAAAGGCUUUGCCACAGGAGAUCAGCUCGUCCUCUUUUGUUCCACUGGUUAACUUUGGCUGUGGUGUGGUGGCUGGGAUAUUGGCCUCUCUGGCCACUCAGCCAGCAGACGUGAUCAAAACCCACAUGCAAGUGAGCCCAAUGUUGUAUCCCAAGACCAGCGAUGCUGUACGCCACGUCUAUUUGAAGCAUGGCUUGAGCGGGUUCUUUCGAGGAGCGCUUCCUCGUUCUCUGAGGCGAACCCUCAUGGCGGCCAUGGCCUGGACUGUGUACGAGCAGCUGAUGGCUCGCAUGGGACUGAAGUCCUAAAGACACCCAGCGCACUGAAGUGUGGACUUCAUUCUGUUUGUGUCCAUUAGAGGAGUGUGUGCUUUUCAGACGAUGGUGAAAAGAUGGCGUUCUGUUAUCCUCGACGGCUUGAUUGAAACAAAAGCAGCUAGUGUUGGCUGAGGUACUGAUAAUCGUAGGGUUGCGUGUGUGUGUGUGUGUGUGUUAGUGUUUUCAGGUGCAGUGAGUCGUUACCCCGUGACACCUCUUGACAGUGACAUUCCUAAAUUGCCACAUUGUGAGUUUGUCUGCCUUGUUGACGUCUGCGUAUUGAGACGGGUCUGCACUGAAGAAUACCAAUGAGAGACUGCUGAAUCAUGUGCCGUCAGCUCACAAGAAAACACUCCUUUCACAGGAAGAAAAUCCCUCUUUUGGCAACUAACCUUAGAAUACCACAUGUCUCAGUGUCGUUGAAAAGUGCCCACCUUUGCAGCGUUCUCAGAAACCCACGACUCGGUGGACUCCAGUGUCUGAUACAGUUCUUAAGCCUGGUCCUCCGAGUUAAAUCCUUAGUGGAGGAUGAGGCUUAGUGGGUGUCUAAUACUGGUCUUACAAAGACAUGUUGACAUAAUACUCCAGCGCUUCGACAAUCAGACCGAAUUACUCCAGGGCUGAGAAACUGAACUGACAACACAUGACUGUCUCGCCAACAUACUCCGUUCCGACUAUAAUUGCGUGUCUCUAUGCGAUGAUUUGUGCUGUUCUACUGAUUUCCUGUGCUGUAUGACUGGACGGAUUUAUCAGUGCAUUCCAGUUCACUGGCUUUUUUUUUUUUAUUUUCUCGAACGCUCGCUCCUGGGCACGGAAUUUGGGUUGAAUGAGACUUCGUAAGAUGUGGAGAAACAUUUAAUAUUUAUUAAAGAAACGGGGGAGAACAAGUGUUAGAGUUCUCGAGAAAACGAUGUGGAGUGGAACGCGUCCGUGAGAAUGCUCCGUUUGUCGUAUUUGCAAAUGUGUCGUCGGGUCAUUUUGAUCGACGUGUUGUCGUGUUGACGUCGUGUGUGUGAAACCGCUGUAAGACGCCAUAGUGUGGUGCUCGGUGUGAACACAACAGUGUAAAGUUCAUUUUAAGUCUGCCAAAAACAUGCCCUGGUUGUUCACCCUUAAAAUCUGUAAAGAAAAUAAAGCAUUGUGACAUUAUUUUCAUUCCAGUUAGGUAGCCAGUUAAUUCCACCAUUGUUGUCUUACUCGAAUAAAACCUUUAAUGAUUCUAAUAUAAAAAAUGAUAAGAAAAUUCAGGGAUGCAUUACAUGUGGGAAAUGCUUAAUUUUCUUAGAAAUAAUGUCACGGUGCAAAAAUCCUAAUUGAUCUGAAAUAGAUUUUGUUUUAACCUUGAUAGAAUUUCUUUUAGUUUUUUUUUCCCCUCUUGAAAUUUUAGUGGAUGUUGAAAUCAUGUGGACACGUUUUCAUAAAAUUCACCCCUUAAGCCUUUGGGUUUCUUGUUCUCUCAGUUGUCUUGGUGAUUUGCCACUUCAUAUACCGCUCAGUGUCCCAUAGGACUGGUCAGCACCGCAGGAAUCAUUAUUACCACAUAGGUCAAACUUUGAUCAUUUAAAUGAUAUACUCGAGUGAUUAUUCUUUGACUUAGUUUGCUAAAUUCAAUUACAUUAACAAUUUGUUUUAACUUGCCUUGAUUAAAAUUAGAUUGGCCUCUUCCUGACACAGCAAGAUUAUCUGCUGCAGAAUGCCGUUGAAUGCCCAUUUUAUGAAAUGGGGAAGACACGCGGAGCCGAGUAACACUAGAAGUCACGCUACACACUACACGGAUAUAUUUUGUGAAAGCACUUUAAAUUCAGUGAAGUUGACUGCAUUCAAGCUGAAUCUGGGUGGUGUGUUUUGGUCACAUGUUGCUGUGUAAGCCAUUGUGCUUUGUGCUGUACUGUGGAGAUGCUCUCUUGCCUUCACACAAUCAGUAUUGUCUCUUCAGCAUUUCUUAUGGCCAUUGUUGUUGAUAUUUUGUCUGUACGUGAGAAUAUUUGCACAUGCAAAUGUCGUGCCUAUGUUAAUAUGUGAAUAAAUCUGCCCUGUUUUUACAA